UUUCUUUUCUCACCUGGGUGGGCACAAAGGAUCAUCAAAAUUAUUGAACACCACACACACACACCUUGCACCAGUGGGUAAAACAUAGUGAAGCUACUGAUCUGUUGCCAUCUAAAUCAGCAGAGGGCUUUGCUUCGUGAAUGUUAAUAUUAUUCAUAACAGUCAUUUUGUCUCUCAGUUUGGCCAAGAAGGAAGUCCCGUGGUUGCUCAGUGAUUCCGUUUUAGCACUAACUGGCAUUCUGGUUUCUAGUUCAUUCCUUAGCUUACUAAACUGGCAUUAAAACUGUCAAGAUAGAGACCCUUGGACCAUCCAGGUGUAGUUAAGGAUAGUCAGUUUCUCCCAGAUCAAGAUACACUCUCAGAGAGCUGGUUUUUCAGACAAAGUGGAAAGAGCAGACACAGGUAGAUGCAAGCAAAAAAGUUUUUUGGCUAACAGCCAUUAACAUAAUUAUGUGAUGCAAAAGCAUGUCUGAUUAAAAAAACAGGAUGUUCUGAUUGGUGAAACACAGGUGAUUUCCUGGUUUGGUGCUGUAGUCUCAAAAGGGUGGGUCAUAUCCCUGCUGAAUCAUCUUGUAGAGCUCUUUACUCCAAGAAGUCUUCAUUUCUUUGGUGAGUUUUAAGAACUGAUGAAGUGAAAGGAGAUUUUGAAAGCAAGGUGAUUUGCAAGCUGCCGUGCCUUGUGGUGAAAUCAUGUUCAGCUCUCCUUUCAAAGCUGAUCGCCUUCGGGUCAACUUGCAACUGGUUGUCAACCGCCUAAAACUCCUGGAAAAAAAGAAAACCGAGCAGGCCCAGAAAGCAAGGAAGGAGGUUGCUGACCAUCUGGCUGCCGGCAAGGAUGAACGAGCUGGGAUCCGAGUGGAGCACAUUAUCCGAGAAGACUACCUCGUGGAGGCCAUGGAGAUCCUGGAGCUGUACUGUGACCUGCUGCUGGCUCGGUUUGGCUUGAUCCAGGCCACAAAGGAACUGGAUUCUGGUCUGGCUGAAGCCAUAUCUACACUAAUCUGGGCAGCUCCUCGCCUCCAGUCAGAGGUGCCUGAGUUGAAAAUAGUGUCUAACCAGCUGUGUGCAAAGUACAGCCAAGAAUAUGGUCAACUGUGUCGAACCAAUGAGAUUGGAACUGUCAGCUCUCGGCUAAUGUGUAAAUUAAGUGUGAACACUCUACCCCAGGUUCUAGUGGAACAGUACCUGAUAGAAAUUGCUAAGAACUAUAAUGUGCCAUAUAAAUCCAAGGCAACCAAUAUGGUUGAAAGCCCAGCAGACCUGAUCAGUAUUGGAUUUACCAAGGAUGUCAAGAAAGGUGCCCUUGGCAGAGGAGGUGGGACUGUAGCAGGAACUGGUCCUACACUUUGGGCAUCGCCAAUAUCUGUACCAGGGCCCUUACCUGUGCCAUCCCCAGCCCCUAGUUUCUCUUCCCUUCCUCCUGAAAGACAGAAUGCCUCCUAUAAGAAGAAUGAUUUGCUUUCUUCCCUGGUUCCUAGUCCAGGACUCAACCCCCAAACUUCUCUAAAGCCAGAAUCAAGAGCCAAGAUUGGUUUUGAUAACUUUAUACUGCCUGAAGUGCCUGAUGUAAAACCUCAAGCAAGCCUAUCCAUUGACCCUUAUGAUUCUGAAGAAGUUGACUUUGAAGAUCUUGACCGGAGACUUGAAAUACUGAAGAAAACCACGUAAUUCUUAGUCCUGGAUUGAGUAUUUGCCUGGGAAUCAGAGCUCCUGGGCACAAAUUUUAACAUGGCCACCCAUGUGUGGGUCUGAAGUUUUCUCGUUUACAGUUCCUUCCAUUUCUUAAAUUCUAUGGUUCACUUUCUGUAAUAAAUGUGUGUGUAUGUCUGUGCAUACACAUAUAACUAUUCCUGUCCCUUAAAAUUGUAUAAUUCUUAGAUGAAGAGUCCUGAUCUAUAGACUUUUAUUAAUUGUAGUAAAAAAACUUUUGUUUUCUCCUGGA